AAUGUAACGCUUUUACAUCUUGAGAAAGAGGUUCCAUAUUAUGAGGACAUAUUUUUAACAUUUUGAAGAUUAGCUACGGGAUUGGACGUACCGCCGCAACAGCCUAAUCAUUUUGAGUUCUAGAAUCUUCCUCAUCAACGUCAUAGACACACUGGUUUGCACCAACCGCUCUUUCGCGUUUCCAAACCGAUGGCACAUUCAUUUCAAUUACAAUUAAUUGGCCUAUUCCUGCCCUCUUUCCCAGCACCCCACAAAACACAAGACCAAUAAAUACGAAACCUUUUGUUCAGCUCGUUUUAUACCACGUCCGCACCUUGACGUUACAUUGUCGUACUUUGUUGUUACAAUUUUCCCUCACGCUUUCACGAUGUUUCCAUUUCAAAGGACGGUAAUCCUACUGUUCUCACUAGCCUGUCUGAUCAUCUCCACAUCCAGCCGCAACACCCACAAAGUGAUACCGAUCGUGACCAGCGUCGAGUUACGGGAUAACUUGAAGUAUCUCAACUCUUCCGCCACCAUCCACAACGCAUCGACGGAAAGUAAGGUCGAUCUCGCCAUUACGGUCACACGACCACUUCCAGAUCCUUGGGUAGGUGAACUCUACUCGCUACUCCAAUGCACAGUGGGUGUUAGAUUAUUCAACCGCUUUCUUUCAUUCCACCAGAUGAACUUCGUCGUGUGGAUCGACCUAGCUGCUGGAACGUUGCAGACUCCGCUGCAAAACAUAACGUUCGAUUUUUGCGAGUUUCUCAAGAACCCGGGACUGCAUCGGAUCGGUCAAAUACUGCACCGCGAGGUGAAGCGGAAUGGAAACAUACCCAACUGCCCGAUCGGUCCGGGGCUGUACAAGUUCUGUGGCAUAUCGACGGCAGCGAUGCGGCUGCCACCAUUUAUACCGGUAGCUAGCUACAUCAUGCACGUAUUUGUGGGUGUAGGAAAUGAAAUAGUGUACGAUUCCCGCUGGCACGGAUCGUUGAAGCGUGUCAAGUGUACCUCCAGCAUGCGCUGUUAACCA